UGAUGGUGAUUUGAGCUAGAAGGGAUACGAAGGCUCUGUCCGCUGUCUGCUCGGGCCAAGGUGUCGAUCUGGAUCUGGACCUAGUCGCCCUGCUGGCGCUCUCCAGUGUCGGAAUGACUCGAUCCAAAUCGGUUACCUCUCUAACUCCCCAAAACAGGACACGCUCUUCCGGCCUGAACGAGGAGAGGUCGAUCGGGAUCCUGGGUACGGCGUAUGGUGGAUAUGCUUGUGGCCGGAAGCGAGGAGAUGUCGAUCUUGAUCCUGCUUGCAGCGGUUCCGACAUCCCAGCCGCUCUCGAAUUAGCUCUACCUACUAAGGCCAGCGGUUGGAAGGGGUAACCCGAGCUGAGAUGCUCCUGUUCGUUCGGGAUUGGGGCUCGCUUUUCGUACGCAUCCCAUUGUCGAAAUUGAAAAGGGAUGACUUGAGUCAAACGGGCCGUCGUCAGCUAACGGCGAUCUGGAUCUCAGGCUUGCUCGGGUUCUCGGUUGUCCCUUCUAGUAUCCAACUCGCCCCUCUCUCGAUCUUGAUCCCAAUCGUAACUUGAUCCAUGUUAAGAUCUGCCAUUGUAGCUCGUUUCUAGCCCCGCCGGUGUCGAAAUUGACGCAGACUAACUCGAGUCGGGUUGCCCAGCUCUGGAAAACACGAUCCAACCGUCCUGCUCUUGCGCCUCUGUUCCCAGUAUCGAACUCGCCCUUAUUUCGAGUCAUGACAGCCCAACUCGGAUUAACGCCCGCACCAACCGAACAUCGAUCCUGAUCCGAGUCAUGCAUGCAUGACUCGCGCACAGUCUCGUUUCCAACAAUCGCUCGUUCCAAGUCGACCAAGUCGAGCUAAGUCCACCCAAUUGGAGGUGGACAUCCCGCGUGUUUCGUUGCCAGUUCUUUGCUCUGGGAUGACUUGAUCCAACUGGGCGGUUGAGGGAUACGGUACUAGCCCCGCUCUUCCGGUCCGAUACGACGGGUAUCAUUUCCCCAGUAUCCUCAACACACAGGGUGAAACCAACGCAACGUGAGACUGUCAAAUCCAGCCCGUUCGACGAAUCUUGUUCCGCA